CUAUAAUGAUGAGGUCAUACUAUGCACGUGACCGAAAUCGAAGGAAACUUUUUGCGCAACAAGGGAAAACCUUUUGUUGCUGUCUAUCUCGUUCAUUACCUUGAAUAGAGAUCUGAGGAGAAAUUGGCACAGGACCUGAACAUAGUUUCGAGAAAGCACACUACCUGAUAUGUUAAGACUGACAAAUGAUGUCUGCCCUUUCAGGCGUUGCGCCAGCUGGCGCUUUCUUGCAACCUUUGUUCGCCCUCUGGAGAGAUACCAAGAAUUAGUUCAAAGUCAAGAGCUGCGCGAAGAUGCGCAUCAGCAAAACAUAGUUGGCCUGCUUGAUGAGCUAUGCAUCCGUCUGGACAAUUAUACUGCCAACGGUACCCCUGCGGCGUCCGUAUCUGUGUUCAGCAAGCUCUUCUCUCAACCUUCACAAACACCAGCUGGACCACGUGGCCUUUAUCUUCAUGGAUCUGUUGGAACGGGCAAGACCAUGCUAAUGGACAUGUUCUACUGCGGUACGCGGGUGGAAAAGAAGCGCCGCUGCCACUUUGGAGCAUUCAUGGUCGACGUACACAAGCGGUUCAAGUGUGCCAAAGACGAGUUCAUCCAGACCUCUGGUGAAGAUCGGCUCCGAAACUUUGAUGCACUGGGUCAAGUUGCUGAUAGCAUUGCUGAAGAAGCCCACUUGCUUUGUUUUGAUGAAUUUCAGGUAACGGAUAUAUCUAAUGCCAUGAUUCUACGCGGCCUCUUCACUCGUCUCUUUGACAAUGGAGUUGUCGUAUUUGCAACUUCCAAUCGCCCACCAGAUGAUCUGUACAUGAAUGGUCUUCAGCGUGCGAGUUUUCUGCCGUUCAUUGACGUCCUCAAGGCCCACUGUGACGUUGCCUCUCUCAACUCUGGAAUUGACCAUCGGAUAGUAGACAUGAAAGGUGAACCCAGUGUUGGCGCAGUCUAUAUAGUAGAUGAUGGCAAUGGUAGUGCGUUGAAGGCAGACGAUCUCUUCAGAAAGCUUUGCGAGGAGGAAGGAGCAGCUGUUGAAGCGCGCACCCUGUAUUACCUGGGUCGAGAGAUGGCCUUUCCCCAGGCUUGCGGCGGCAUUGUGGAUGUGACCUAUGAUGACAUGUGCCUACAGCCCCGAGCAGCCAUGGACUAUUUGGAGAUGUGUGCCCACUUUCACACUGUGAUUGUGCGUGGCAUUCCCGAGAUUGGCCUUGGUGAGAAGGGUUCGGCUCGCUUCGUCAAAUUCAUUGAUACACUAUACGAUAAUAACGUACGCUUGGUCAUGACUGCAUCUAAACCCGUAAAGCAACUCUUCAGCAAGAAUUCUAUCACUCUAAGUUCCCGGGAAAAGGCAGAGCUUGAAAUGCUGCGGGACGAUCUGGGCCUUCACGAAGCAGACCUGAAAACUAGCCUGUUCACCGGUGAAGAGGAGCUCUUCUCCUAUCUGCGUGCUGAGUCUCGCAUACGCCACAUGUUAACAGCUAGCUAUUGGUCAGCAUGCUUGGAGAACAAUGCGCUGCUCAACCCCAAACUACAAAGAGAGACCGCUGUGUGAUCAACACCACUAAUAGUUAUGGUACCUGCUUCCCGUACUAUUCCAGCAAGAAAAACACAAUCAUAGUCCUUCACAAAUAUUACCCACUUCUUUUCCGAAAUUAGCUGCCAGUCCCAAGACUGCCAUGAUACUAAAAGUAAUACUCAAAUAAUAGUAAUAUCUUCCGACCUAGCACUAGUUUAGAAAGAACCUUGAUGUUACUGUGGUGCAUCAAAAGAUUCAAAUUAGAAAACUGAAUCAUGAAAUGACUUUGGUGCUGGCACUUUCAGGUGUGUGGCAUUGAUGCAUGUUUUCAUAAUUUAUUACCGGAACUUUCGUAUUUAUUCUUCUCUUCAUAUUUAUCACGGUCACCGUGAGAGAUCCCGCGUGCUGCGGACUCAGUUUCAAAGACGGAGCAAUGUCUUCAGUAUUUUAUUUGGUUUCUGCCGUUUGGUUUCUCUUGCUCUAUCACCUCUUGCUUCGAAAUAAGUGUUAGCUUAUAAGGUGGUGUCCUCUUUGCUUGUGUAGAAGAAUUUCCUAUUAUUCCUAGCCCAUUUCUAUUGCUCUGAUUCUGUGUUGUACACAAUGACAUUGACCUCUCUGCUUUCGAAGCAUUUUCUACUAUUUCUACUUGUAUAUGCUCAAGCCUGCCUUUGCUUCCGUCUUUCCGCAGGCAUUCUCCUUAGCUUGGCUUGCUGGAUUUAAUUCUUUGCUUCAAGCUUCCACCUCGUGCAUACAAUCAUUUCAAGUACUUGAAGUAAGAGAUUGCUGCUGAAAGUAUAACCGUUAAGAAGUUUGUCAUGCAAUUGCCUUUCACCAGACCAAGUAACCCUA